UGCAUUUGUUACACAGCCUCACCUAUCUCAAAAUCCUCCACAUUUCACUUAUUCUAACCAUGGCGUACAUGGCGUAUAAACUUAUUCCCUUCUGUCUGCUUCUACAAUUACUCCAUUUUACAGCUCAUGGCGUGGACUUGGCAGAAAAAGACUCUUCAAACCCGCAGCUUGAUGUCAACGUUCCCUCUGGACCACAGAGUGUGACCAUUUUUGGACCAAAUGCAGUGACUGUAGGAGUCCCAUCUACCUAUAUCUGCUCUGCUGAUUGCUCACCUAGCUGCAAUUACACAAUGGGUAUUGACGACCAGACUGGAGUGGGCAAUGAGGUACAGUUUACCUUAAGCCAGUGGGUAAAGUCUAAAAAGCUGACCUGCACGGCAACAAACCCAGUCACCGGAAAAUCCACCAUGACCAGGAAAACCUUGCGCAUUUUGGAGGGGCCAGUAAAUGUCACAAUCAGUGGGCCACAGACUUUGACUCUAGGGGUAGAUCAGCGUUUUCUGUGCAGUGCGACCUGCAUACCCUCCUGCACUUACACCUGGGUUGUUGAUGGAGAUCCAGUUUCUGGCUCUGGGGAUGAGGUAAUAAUUAAGGCACCUUUGGAUGCCACCUCAGGAACCAUCAUCUGCAAGGCCACAAACAGUGUGUCCGGAUUGUUUGUGACAGCGGUCAGAAAACUAAAUGUUACAACUGGACCACAGAGUGUGACCAUUUUUGGACCAAAUGCAGUGACUGUAGGAGUCCCAUCUACCUAUAUCUGCUCUGCUGAUUGCUCACCUAGCUGCAAUUACACAAUGGGUAUUGACGACCAGACUGGAGUGGGCAAUGAGGUACAGUUUACCUUAAGCCAGUGGGUAAAGUCUAAAAAGCUGACCUGCACGGCAACAAACCCAGUCACCGGAAAAUCCACCAUGACCAGGAAAACCUUGCGCAUUUUGGAGGGGCCAGUAAAUGUCACAAUCAGUGGGCCACAGACUUUGACUCUAGGGGUAGAUCAGCGUUUUCUGUGCAGUGCGACCUGCAUACCCUCCUGCACUUACACCUGGGUUGUUGAUGGAGAUCCAGUUUCUGGCUCUGGGGAUGAGGUAAUAAUUAAGGCACCUUUGGAUGCCACCUCAGGAACCAUCAUCUGCAAGGCCACAAACAGUGUGUCCGGAUUGUUUGUGACAGCGGUCAGAAAACUAAAUGUUACAAGUGUAUGUAAACCUUUGGCAACCUCAGCUCCAUUCUCCGACAGAAAAACUUGGAGUGGAUCAUAAUUUUUAAGGAAGUGACCGGUCCACAGCUGAAAGAGUGGAGUUUCUGCCAACAGUGGUGUUUGCAAGCAUUAUAAAGUUAUUAUGGUUACAUUAUGAUCUUACUGUUUAAGAUAAGAAAAUUGUCUUUUAAAUAUAAC